AUGCCUCCUCCUGAACACCUCCUACCACAGUCCAAAGGUCCUCUUGCAAGACCAGAGGUUGUUAUAGCGUUCGACCAUGACCCCGCCAUGAGCGAUCAAAAGCCCAUAAACGCCCCCGAUACUACGCCGACCCUCGCAACUAUCCCCCCAGAGUCGGACCAGGUCGAUGCUCAGACCCAGAAAGAGGAUGGCAAAGUUGAAGGAGAGCUCUCUCAGCCAAGCGGCCUGGACAAUCAAACUGUCCCGAACCAAGCCCAUAGUAUCUUAACAGAUCUCCUCGAAGAUCAGGGCAAGAGUACAAAAACGGAAGAUGCCUCGGUAGAUAAGGUUAUUCAGCUUGAUCAAACUGCUUCACCUGAUGGACCAGCUGAUGCUAUGGAAUCCUCUGUUGCAACUCUCAAGCCCGCGAAACCGCAGUACUUGACAAUUAAGCCCGCCCCAUAUGUUGACCCGACUCCCCCGACUCCAGAAGGCUCCCAGCCACCAUCCAGAACCAGCUCCACCCAUCGAUUCAAGGGUCACGGCCCUGAACCGUCACCGACUCGAUCAGAUGCAGGAUAUGAUGAGAGACGGUACCCUAGCGAAGACGAGCAAGAGGGGACUUCUCGCUCGGAAAUUCAAAGUAUCAUGGAACAAUUCCCGGAAAAUGGUGGUGGUCCUGGAGAAGAGGAGGUCAUGAGUCCGCGACUCGAGAUCACUUCGCCUCUUCUAGGUACUUCCCCAAUUCACCACCCGCCGAGGAAAUCUAGUCUCGAGCCCCCUACCCCAAGUCUCGCCCAGCAGUUACAAGACAUGCAAAACUUGAGGCUCUCGAGCACGUCGCCGAUAAGCAUGCGAUCAAAGGAUAAGCUGAAGGAGUCUGAUGACCAAGGGCCUCCCGUUCCGCCAAAGGAUAAUCCAUCGGAUGAGAGACUUUCCAUCAUAGAUCCGCAGGCCUCUUCUACAACCUCAUUACACCGACCACCGCCUCCCGAACCUGAGCCUGAGCCAGCUCUUCCAUUCGAUUUCCACCGAUUUUUAGAGCAGCUGAAGCACAAGAAGGCUGAUCCAGUAGCGAGAUAUCUCAAGUCCUUCUUGUUUGAAUUCGCAAAACGUCAAUGGAUGGUCCACGAGCAAGUCAAGAUCAUUAGUGAUUUUCUUACAUUUAUAGCCAAUAAAAUGGCCCAAUGUGAGGUAUGGAGCGAGGUUUCGGACGCGGAAUUUGAUAACGCACGCGAAGGCAUGGAGAAGCUUGUCAUGAACAGACUGCAUACGCAAACCUUUUCGCCUGCCAUACCUCCUCCCCAGCCCAUUCCAGGCGCGAAGCCAAGGCGUCGCGGAGGUGAUCGACCCAUGGGACCUGGACGACGCGGGCAACAUCAAGAGGAUGUGGAAAGGGACGGGAUUCUAGCACAGAAGAUCAAUAUCUAUAGUUGGGUCCGAGAAGAACACUUGGAUAUUCCCCCUACCAAUGAAACCGGUAAAAGGUUCCUCACAUUGGCUCAACAAGAACUUCUUAAAAUCAAAUCUUAUCGAGCACCUCGCGACAAGAUUAUUUGUGUCCUCAACUGCUGCAAAGUUAUAUUUGGGCUCCUUAAACACAACAAAAGCGACUCAUCAGCUGACUCUUUCAUGCCGCUUCUGAUAUAUGUUGUGUUGCGGUCUAACCCCGAUCACCUGGUUUCUAAUGUCCAUUAUAUCUUGCGAUUUCGAAACCAGGACAAACUAGCUGGAGAAGCCGGAUACUAUCUUUCAUCUCUGAUGGGCGCCAUACAGUUUAUUGAGAAUAUGGACCGUACCACCCUAACAAUUUCUGAUGAGGAGUUUGAGAAGAACGUGGAAGCAGCUGUAUCUGCUAUUGCGGAAAGGCAUCAGGCGGAGGAACCACCUACUCCACCUCAGCCACAACAGACAGAAAAGCCUGGAUUAUUUGCCUCGGGCACUUCUUCGGCACGUCGGUCGCUAGAUCUAGAUGGAUCGAGCACGCCACGUCGGUCUUCAUCAUCUAACGAUGAUAAUGAUUCCGGCGAAGAAGCUCCGGCAAUCUCUGGCUUACUCCGUUCUAUUCAGAAACCUUUGUCAUCCAUUGGCCGUAUAUUUUCAGAAGACGGUGCGGGUCCUAGUUCGCCUGCACGUAUAGCUCAGCCAGACACUCCACGACUCAGUCCGCGACCCAGCACCGAAAAUCGGCCUUCAGUAGAUGGGCGUCCGCGGUUAACCGCUGAAGAAGCGGCGGCACGGCAGGCGAGCGCUGAUGUUGCUGAGGCGCAGAGAAUUCACAGAGCAGAGCACAAUAACGUAGUGGAGACACUUUCGGCCAUGUUUCCGGGUCUAGAUCGGGACAUCAUUAGCGAUGUUGUCUACCAGAAGGAGGGAAGGGUUGGUCUGGCAGUUGAUGCUUGCCUUGCUUUAAACGCAUAA